UUUUCCUUAUCAUACGUGCUUCAACUAUUCAUAUAUUCUUAUCAUCAAGAAAAAUUACCAAAAAAUGGAUAAACCAAUCUUUUCCUGCUCAUCCUCCUCAUCAUUGUCCUUAAUUUAUCAAGGAAAUUACCAACAACCAUCAUCAAGCCUUCAACAAAGGCUUCAAUAUAUUGUCAAGAAUCAAACAGAAUAUUAUUAUUCUAAUUGGGCAUAUGUUAUUUUCUGGCAAUCGUCGAAUAAUUGUCUUUCUUUAACAUGGGGUGAUGGCCAUUUAAACAUGAAGAAGACAAAUAAUGAAGACAUUGAAUGGUUCUAUUUGAUGUCUUUAGGUCAGUGUUUUUGUGUUGGUGAAGGAGUUGUUGGAAAAUGUUUUAGUAGUGGUACUUUUGUGUGGCUAAAUGGGGCUCAACAAUUUGAGUUUUGUAAUUGUGAAAGGGCUAAAGAAGCUUAUCAUGUUCAUGGUAUUAAUACUUUGGUAUAUAUUCCAAUUUCAAGUGGUGUGCUCGAACUGGGCUCGAGCACAUUAAUUAAACAGGACUUGAACUUGGUUCAACAAGUCAAGUCUCUGUUCUUUAAUUAUUCAGAUCAUGAUCAAAUUGGUCCAGUUGAUGAUUUUAGUCCUUUCACUUGUUUGGAAAAAUAUGAUCAAGAAUUAGAGAAAAGUGAAGUGGUAGUAGGUAUAACACCCCAGGAAAACAGAGUUGGACUUGAGAAUUUGCCUGUACAGAGCAAGAUCUCGAAGAAAAGGGGGAGAAAGGCAAGAGAAAUUUGCGACAAACAAGAAAACCACGAAAACCAUGUAGAGGCGGAGAGGCGGAGAAGAGAGAGAUUGAACGCACGAUUCUACGCGUUGCGGGCCGUGGUUCCAAACGUUACUAGAAUGGACAAAGCCACAUUGCUAUCAGAUGCUGUGACAUAUAUUACUGAACUGAAAGGGAAAAUAGAUGAAUUAGAAUCAAAAGUUCAUAACAAUUAUUAUUCAGAGCAUAAGAAAAUACUCAAAAUGGAAAAUGAUAAUGUUGUGGACAAUCAAAGCUCUACCACUUCCAGGGAUCAUUGUUACAUUUCGACCAAACACCAGCAGACAGUGGAGAUUGAAGUGAAGAUGGUAGAUCAAGAUGCCAUGAUUAGGGUUCAAUCAGAAAAUAUGAAUUAUCCAUCAGCAAGAUUGAUGUGUGCUUUUCAAGAACUUGAACUACAGAUCCACCAUGCCAACAUCUCAAGUGUCAAUGAUCUCAUGCUACAUGAUAUAGUUGUUAAAGUUCCUCAAGGAAUGGAGACUGAAGAAUUAAAAAAUGCUUUACUUAGAAGCUUAGAGCAAAUAACAUGUUGAUGUUGAUAAUUGCAUAUUGUUGUUUAGUUUUUUUACAAUAUGUACCUA